AUGGGAGCUAUUCUUGGUAUUCUUCUUAUUGAGCACGUUAUUGACGUCAUCCAGGAGCUUCUCCCUGGCUUCGAAGGAACUUGCACUGAAGCCGAAGACUUCGACGCGGAAGCCGAUGCCGUUGCCCUUGAAGAUGCCAUCGGCAGAGGAAGGAUAGAUGACGACGUGGUCAAUGAUAUUCUACCGAACAGAUCGAACGCUCAGCGACAAGAGAUCCAGGAGCAGUUCAUGUCUCUCUUCGGCGAGUCCCUCUACGAUCGAGUUGAUUCACGAGUUCGACGAGAUCGACUUCGACACGUCAUCAAGGGAAUGCUCUUGACUCCAAAACAAUAUGAUGCUCGAUGCCUCAACCAGGCCAUGAAGGGCAUCGGCUCAUCAGAUGAUGAUGUCAUCUGCGAAAUCCUCUGUGCUCGACCCAACGGCUACCUUGAGGAGCUCAAGGAAGUUUACGAAGAGCGAUAUGGAAAUGCUCUUAUGGAUGAUAUCCAGGACAACUGCCGACGAGAGUUCGAGCGAUUCAUGAUUGCUAUUCUUUGCUGCGCCCGAGAAGAAGGCCUUGAUGCUAUCGACGAGGACCAGGCUGCUGAGGAUGCUCAAGAGCUCUUUGAUGCCGGAGAAGACAGAUGGUUCUUCACUGACGAAUCCGUCUUCACUCGAAUCUGCGCUCGUCGAUCCUGGAUGCAAAUCCGACUCAUCAACGCCAAAUAUCAGGAGAUUUCUGAGGACUACGAUCUCCUAGGUGCCAUUGAAAACGAAGUGAACGGAGACCUAAAGCGAGCUUACAAAUCCAUCGUCCGAAUGGCCUUGGAUCCCGCUUACUACUUUGCCCGCAAUGCCCACAAAGCCCUCAAGGGUCUUGGAACUGACGAUGACGCACUCCAGCGCGCUAUUAUCUUCACUUCUGAGUGGGGACUCCAGACCAUUAAAGAAAAGUACGAGGAAUCUUUUGGCUCCUCCUUGGCUGACGAUAUCGACGGAGACUGCUGCGGCGACUACAAAGAUAUGCUCCUCGCCAUCGUCAAAUAA